AUGAGCGUGGAAAAGGAGUGCUUGAGGUCGGUCCCUUUCCCAGUAGAAUGGGAAGAGUAUUUAUCAACAUCACCAAAGAAAUAUCAAAAGUGGACCAAGCUGAUUUCACUACACACUAAGAUGGAGGACUGCCACCCUGAGGAAUGUCAGGUUUGUGUUGACAAUUAUGACCAAGAUCUGAGACGUCCACGUUGUCUGCCUUGUGGCCACACAGUUUGCUCCAGAUGUAUUAGUACUGCAAUAAAGAGGACUCAGCUCUCCUGCCCUAUUUGCCGCACCAAGCAUAAUGCCAUAACUGCCAGGGACUUCUCAGUCAACUUCAGUUUGGAGAUGCUUAUAAAUAAACACAAAGAUACUCCUUUUAAGGCAGAAGGAAAGGUGUCAAAAAAACGUUAUAAGGUCUGCAAAAAAGGUACGGUAAGGAAGAUUCUGCCCUUGGUGCGGAAACAGAAGGGUACUAUUGGCAGUCUGAUUACCAGCUGUAAAGAAGUGUUGUCCCAGCUUGUUAAAUACCAAGAGCAUUUAAAGAAGUGUAAGAUUCAGCACCACCAACUCCAGGAGAAAAUGGUAGAGCACAACUCAAGAGCAAUAGGACUCUUGGAACCUGAGGAUAUAAGGGUGAUGCAUAUGAUAACAGAAGGAAAGGAGAGACUACAGAAACUACAAGACAAUUUGGGGUCCCUUGGCACUGGUACCUCUUCACACCAAUUUUUUACAUCCAUAGAUGAAGCUGAUCAUUAUAAUGAAAAGGUAGAAAAGUGGCUCCAAAGGUACCAGGAGCUCUUUCCAGAGGUCGAUGCCAUACACACCUCAGUAAAGGUUCAGGAGAACAUAAAAGAAGGCUAA